AUGGCUGCUCAGCGGGACGCAGACGACCGCUGCCCGCACCGGGAAAGUCUCCCCGCUUCUCCUCCCUUCCGCUCGCCAUCGGUGCUCCUCACCUUGUCCGUGGUGCCGCCCAAUCGUUCGCAGACCGGCUGGCCCCGGAGCGUCAACCAGUUCGGCAACAAGUACAUCCAGCAGACCAAGUCCCUCACCUUGGAGCGCACAAUCAAUCUGCACCCUCUUACCAAUUACACUUUUGGUACAAAAGAGCCCCUCUAUGAGAAGGAUAGCUCUGUUGCAGCCAGAUUUCAAUGCAUGAGGGAGAAAUUUGAUAAAAUUGGAACGAGGAGGACUGUAUAGAAGAGGUUCUGAUUGUACACGAGCACGGGCUACCUACCCCAUGUGCUACUGCUACAGCUGGGAACAACUUUCUUCAAACUACCUGGUGAUGAACUUAACCCGGGAGAAGAUGAAGUUGAAGGACUAAAACGCUUAAUGGCAGAGAUUCUAGGCUGCCAGGAUGGAGUCCUGCAGGACUGGGUCAUCGACGACGGCAUCAGGAACUGGUGGAGACCGAACUUCAAGCCUCCUCAGUAUCCAUACAUUCCUGCACAUAUUACAAAACCGAAGGAACAUAAGAAGCUGUUUUCGGUUCAACUUCAAGAAAAAGCCUUGUUUGCUGUCCCUAAAAAUUACAAGCUGGUAGCCGCACCAUUGUUUGAAUUGUAUGUCAGCGCGCCAGGAUAUGGACCCAUCAUUUCUAGUCUCCCUCAGCUUUUGAGCAGGUUUAAUUUUACAUACAACUGA